GUUCCCCAAGUUCUCUCCACGCUGCUUACUUUUUUGAGUUACGGUCCCCUCUGCUGAGAAGAGCGAGCGUGACUGUCACUCCGGUCACAGAUGCCGCAGCACGGGGACCAGGCGGCAGCAGCAGCAGACAACGAGCGGUAAUUAGAAAGAUGCGCCGGACCGGCGUGAUUCACUAUAGCGGUAUAGCAACCCUCCCUACUUCGGACGUUUUAUACUAACACGCCCAAUCAGAAUCGGAGCAGACGCACCAUAAAAGCGAGCGAUUGGCGGUGCAAAAGACGAAAAAAAUGCAGGAGAGAUAAAGGUGACUGGCAGUGCAUAACGGCGACAGCUGGAGUCCGGUACACUAGGCUGCGGUUCGACUUGUCGCGGGGAGCACUCGACUGCAACAGACAUAUCACCGGACAGCGGAAAGCUUUUCUUUCUCGUUUUUAGAAUCUCAAAGGCGGAAUCGUAAAGAUCGAAUCCAGGGAAGCAACCUGGCAGUUCGAGUAAAAGGCUGAAACAACAACUGUGCUACAAGGUCGGAACACAUCGGCGAUGUCAAGUUUGAACUUUUUCUGAGUUUUGCGUCCUCUUGUACCUUUGCUCAUCUCCGUUAUUAUUACUGCUAUUGUGAUCUUCUGUUGCCCGUUUCGUGUUGCUUGAGCAAGAAGAAUUCCGCGAAAAACGGAAUCGCAUUGCGCCCUGGUGGCUUUUUCGUACCUUGCUGCCUUCAUCACUGCCCGUUUCUGUGUCAAGAGGAGUUCACGCGCUGAUUGUCUUACACCGGAACGCUGAACAAGCCUUGAGGACAACCUGACAGCCUGGCGGCAUUCGUUACUCACCGGGGAUACCUUGCUGUGUAUUAUAUGUUGCAAGGACGUAUAGCUCACAGAUGUGCCCAUCUUUAAAGUAAAAACGAGACGAUUCUGCCGUAGGGCAGGUGUGGACAAGUCAGACAUAUGGAAGGCUAUUAGAGAGACUAAUUGGAAGCCACUCAUAUAAAACUGGUUGCCUGGGAUUACUAGGAGAAUGCUGGUUCCAAGUCCACCGUUGCAGCAGCAUGACAUGGUUCUGGUGCGGCGCUGCUGUUGUUAAAUGGCUGCCUCUCAUGGUUCUGUCCGAGUGGACGGCCUUGAGUCUGCAUUGCUGGGUUUUAACUGUGAGCACCACUUUGGGUCAACAUGGGACUACUGGGCCAAUGGACUGGCUCCUGUCAGACAAGGGGCCUUUUCAUCGUUCUCAAGAGUAUGCUGAAUUUGUAGAGCGAUAUCAGCAGGGGUACACCACCCGCUACAAGAUUUUCAGAGAGUUUGGUCGGUGGAAGGUGAACAGUCUGGCUGUGGAGAGAAGAGAUUUUCUUGGAUCAGCUUUGCCACUCACCCCUGAGUUCAUUGCUACCAUACGGCUCUUAGGACGCAGGCCUAGUCUCCAGCAGAUCACAGACAACAUCAUCAAGAAAUAUGGAACACACUUCUUACAGUCUGCUACGCUAGGUGGGGAAGAAUCUUUGACGAUUUUUGUAAACAAGAAAAAACUAAGCAAGAAAGGCAACCCAAAAGACUCUAAUGAUAACAGCUCUGCGCCAACUUUGGAGACCCUUCAUCAACUGGCCGCCUCUUAUUUUAUUGACCGAGAGAGUACCCUUCGAAAAUUACACCAUCUCCAGAUAGCCACCACAGCCAUCAAGGUUACAGAGACGAGAACUGGCCCACUAGGAUGCAGUAAUUACGACAACCUUGACUCCGUCAGCUCUGUUUUGGUCCAGAGUCCUGAAAACAAAAUCUAUUUACAAGGUAUUCAAGUUAUUCUGCCUACUUAUUUGCGGGACCGCUUUGUGACAGCUGCUCUGGGUUACAUCAGCUGCAAUUCUGAAGGAGACUUUAUCUGUAAGGACAAUGACUGCUGGUGCCAGUGCACCUCUACAUUUCCAGAAUGCAACUGCCCAUCAACUGAUAUUGAGUCAAUGGAAGAAAAGUUACUUCAAGCCAAAGAAGCAUGGAACAAUUACAAUACUGAAUUUGAACAAUCGGGAGAGUUCCAGGCCUUCGUGAGGAGACUUCCUUUGGACUAUCGACUGAAUAUGUCCACUAUUUUUUAUCUUUGGUCCAAGGAUCUGGCUUUGCAACGCCUCUAUGACCAACUAGAGGGAACAGUAACGCAGCUCCACAGCAAGGCCCAAAAGAUAGUACAAAAAUUAUUCAAUCUCAGCAAGCGUUGUGAAAAGCAACCACAAUACAAGCUGCCUAGAGAAAGAUCACUGAACUACUGGCUGAAAAAGAUCCAGUCACUCCUUUACUGCAACGAGAACAAUCUGUCAGGUGUUUUCAAUGAGGAGCUGCAGAGCUGUGCCUGCCCCAUGGAUCAGGAGUCAUGCCAGAGCAGUUUACCUUGUAGAGUUGGCGAUGGCUCAAGCUGCUUGACCUGCUCCUCAGAUAAUCCAGCCCAGUGUGGCAGCUGCAAUGGCGGUUAUGUGCUCACCCAGGGGAUUUGUCGAACUUUGGUAGCUGACUCACCAGAACACUACUUGGGCUUAGAGACAGACUUUCAAGAUCUCGAGAUGAAAUAUCUUCUGCAGAAGCACGACAGCCGUAUAGAGGUGCAUGCCAUCUUCAUUAGCAAUGACAUGCGUCUAAACAGCUGGUUUGAUCCUUCCUGGCGCAAGCGGAUGCUUCUCACCUUAAAGAGCAACAAGUUUCGCUCUAAUUUUGUUCACAUGUUGCUUGGCCUGACGGUGCAAAUUUGCCUGACCAGGAAUAGUACCCUAGAGCCAGUUCUAUCUAUUUACAUAAAUCCAUUUGGAGGCAGUCAUUCGGAGAGCUGGCUACUUCCUGUUCACGAAAACAGUUUCCCAGACUGGGAGAGGACUACAUUGGAUGGAGUCCCUCAGUGCACCAACUGGACUCUGAUAUUAGGAAACAAGUGGAAAACCUUCUUUGAGACAGUUCACAUCUACUUGCGAAGCAGGAUUAAGGCCACCGAUGCCAUUAGCAAUGAAACAAUCUACUAUGAACCCCUUGAGUUUAUUGAUCCAUCCAGGAACUUGGGAUACAUGAAGAUUAACAGUGUGCAAACAUAUGGCUACAGCAUGCAUUUUGACCCUGAGGCUAUAAGGGAUCUUAUCCUGCAACUGGACUACCCCUACACUCAAGGAUCCCAGCAUUCAGCUCUGCUUCAGCUACUGGAGAUCAGAGAUCGUGUAAACAUGAGGUCUUUACCAGGCAAGCAGCGCCUUGACUUCUUCUCUUGUAUGCUACGGCAUCGACUUAAAAUGUCAGCCAGUGACGUGGUUCGAAUCAGCGACUCCCUGAAGGCAUUUGCCGCCAGACUUCCCCACGCUGUUGAAUAUGAGACAACCAAACUGUGCAGUUAAUGAAAAAAUCCUUUUUAAUCUUUAUCAUGUUUUGUGGGUUAGACAAAAGGCAAAAAGGAUGGACCAUAAGACACUUGUUGAACAUGAAAAAGAAUUUGAAAUAUAGGACAAUUUAGGAAAGAUGAUUUUUAUCAGUUUUCAACAAAGGUUGUGUUGCUGUUAUCUUUCUGUACAUUCUUAGUGGAACAGUACUUUCUGGUGUCGUUUGCCUUCAACUGGUCUAUUAGAGAAAGAUGGCACAACCGUUAAAAGUUAAAGAACACAAAAUGUGGAAGCUGUAGCGUUAUACUGUUAAAUGAAUCGUGGAUAUCCAUUGGAAUCCAUAAAUUGAGAUGACUUGAAAGAAUACCCUCAGACUUGGGGAGAAAGCUGGCUUUGAUUUGCUCUGAAAUUUUUUUAUAUGAAUUUCUGGAGAAGGUGGUUCAUUCUACUGUUGUAAGAAAGUUUUAAUGUUCCUCCUUUCUGAAAGCAACUUUAUUCCUGGUAAUAAUGAUUAUUAUUUGAAAUGCUAUGGCUAAAACGUCAAGGAUUUGGAUGAGUUUGUAACGAUCAAUAAUCUUUUAGUACAAGUUUUCUGUCGACUUUUUUCUUUUGAUUAUAUGCAAUAUUGGAUUCUUUUAAGGAUAUUUUUCUACGUGUGCUUCUUUCCUUCUUUAUUCUUUAAAGAUGCUUUCAAAAUAAAGUAAACACUGCAGCAGAUACAGGCAAUGGACACAUAAUCUGCUGUGCGUGAGACACUCAUUGAUGGCCUUUUGAUUUAGUGGUGGGCCACUUUAGCCGCUCAUGGUAACGUACUAACGGGGUGCCUGGCUUUCUUCAUAAUGUUUAUGUGAUCAGUGAGUGCUGGAGCUAAAAAAUUCAACUAAGUAAAAAGAAAAAAAAAAUACAGCUUAUUAUAAAAUAAUCAUUCAUACCCAAAGACACGAAGGUUAGGUUAGAAUGAGUGUCUCCUUGGUUAGACUGGCCCCCCACCUAUUGUAUGCCCAGUGCUGGCAAAAUACUUUCAGUGCUGGACAACCCUGAAUUAGAUUAAGCAGGUUUGGAAAUGGAAGGAUGAUAUGCAGUAUCAUAUAAUCAAAACCCUAGAGCCUUAUAACAAAAAAACAUUUGCCU